UCCGGCCGAGUGCUGGACCUCUGCGAUCCCCUAGGAGUGAGAAUGUACCUUUCCUCACUUAGAAUGUGAAGAAACAGACUUGGGGAGACUGGAGACUCCGCGGCUUCUCCCAGGUCACACAAUACUAAUAAGUAGUUGACCUGGGAUCACAUCCAGGGAUGUCUGACCCGAACGCACAGCGUACUCUGCACAGUCACGCCCUCGCUCUGAAGAUUCAGGCCUGGUCUUUUCUCCUGGAGGUGCAUGCCAGGGACCCAGCCAUGGGCACCAGGACCCUCACUGCUAAGGACCAGGAAUCAGUGACCUUCAAGGAUGUGGCUGUGGACUUCACCCUGGAGGAGUGGGGCUGGCUGGGGCCUGGCCAGAGGGAGCUGUAUCGGGACGUGAUGCUGGAGAACUACCAGAACCUUCUCUCACUGGGGGCAGGGCUUCCUGGGUCCAAACCCGACGUGAUCUCCCGUCUGGAGCGAGGUGAAGAGCCCAGGAUGGAGAAGAGAGAAGCCCUGAGAGUUACCUGUCCAGAGUUGGAGACAAGCUCGGCAACUACUCAAGAGACACUGCUAAAAAUGGUUAUUUCUGAAGAGACAGCUUCCUCAAUGGGAAAGAUGGAGGAAAUUUUAAGAGCAGUGCUUGGAGAUACCAAGAUGGGGGAAUUGCAGACAUGUGGCUACCAACUGGAGGAAUGGGGAAAGCAGGAGAGGCAUUUGAGGUGUUUUUUUGCUUCUCCUAAGGAAAACACAUGUGGGGAGAGAGGCCUUGGCUGUAACGAGAUUGGGAAAAGCUUCAGGCGGUCCUCUGCCUUCAUCAGGAAGCACAGAGUGCCUGGGGGAGACAGGCCUCGGAAGUGGAAUGGGCCAAGAAAGAGUUCAAAAUGCCAAAGGAUUUUUGUAGAAAAGAAACCAUUUAACUGCAGAGAAUGUGGGAAAGCCUUCAUUUACCAUUCAGACUAUAUCCUGCACCAGAGAAUUCACACUGGAGAGAAACCCUACAAGUGUAAGGAUUGCGGGAAGGCAUUCAGCAACAGCUCGUACUUCAUUCAGCACCACAUCAUUCACACAGGAGAGAAGCCCUAUGCAUGCAACGAAUGUGGCAAGACCUUUACUCAGAGCUCAUCGCUGACCGAGCACCAGAGGAUCCACACUGGAGAGAAACCAUACCAGUGCAAGGAAUGUGGGAAGGCCUUCACCCAGAGCUCCUCCCUCAUUAAACACCAGCGAUGCCAUACCGGGGAGAAACCCUAUAAAUGCAACCAGUGUGGGAAGUUCUAUUCACAGGUGUCCCACCUCACCCGGCACCAAAAAAUCCACACGGGGGAGAAACCCUACAAAUGCAGUGAGUGUGGCAAGGCUUUCUGUCACACCUCCUCCCUGACCCAGCACCAGACGAUCCACACUGGAGAGAAACCGUACAAAUGUAACGAGUGUGGGAAAACCUUCAGCCACAGCUCAUCCCUGACCCAGCAUCAGCGGGUGCACACAGGAGAAAAACCCUACGAGUGCUCUGCGUGUGGCAAGGCCUUCAGCCACAGUUCUUCCCUGACUCAGCAUCAGAGAAUCCAUACUGGCGAGAAGCCCUAUGAGUGUCAUGAGUGCGGGAAGGCUUAUACGCAGAUUUCCCACCUCAUGAGGCACCAGAGCAUUCACAUGGGGGAAAAGCCUUAUAUAUGUAAUGAGUGCGGCAAGGCUUUCAGUCACACCUCAUCCUUUACUCAACACCAGACGAUUCACACUGGUGAGAAGCCCUACAAAUGCAACGAAUGUGGGAAAACCUUCAGCCAGAACUCUUCCCUGACACGCCACCAGAGGAUUCACACUGGUGAGAAGCCCUAUGAGUGUAACGUGUGCAGGAAGGCCUACACCCAGAUUUCCCACCUCAUUCAACACCAGAGGAUUCACACUGGAGAGAAACCUUAUGAGUGCCGUGAGUGUGGGAAAGCUUUCAGCCGGAGCACCCACCUUAUAGAGCAUCAGAAAAUCCACACGGGCGAGAAGCCCUAUAAGUGCAAGGAUUGUGGGAAGACGUUCAGUCAUAACUCAUCCCUCACACAGCAUCGGAGGAUUCACACUGGUGAGAAACCCUUUGCCUGUAAGGAAUGCGGAAAAGCCUUCAACCAGAGCAUCCACCUUAUUCAGUCAGAGAAUUCACACCGGAGAGAAGCCCUACAAAUGUAACAAGUGUGGGAAAACCUAUACCCAGAUCUCACACCUUAUUCAACACCAGAAAGUUCACACAGGUGGCG